UUGGGGAUCGCUGAAUAACAUCAACACAUGGAUAUCCGGUUACAAAGGUAUAAAGAGCCCACACAACCCGGAUGUCGCAAUGAUAUAAUGCACUACCGAUAGUUGUGUGCAGUGUGCAGACAUAUUUAAAAUCUCGUGUGAAAUGAUGGAUUGAGCUUAACUCGUGGCGUACAACCAUUACCAAGUGAACGAUGAGGACGAAUGUAUGGUUCGCUGCUGUUGUGGCAACUGAACUUUUGUGUAAAGUUUCAGGACAAAUACCCUCCUGCAAACUGGACAUAAGUCGUACACCGGGUACCAAGCAUAGUCUUACAAUGAAACCUGGUCUAACAAUGUACCCUGAAUAUGGCCUUACAACAGACCCUCGACAUGGCCCUACCACAGACCGUGAUAGUAAACUGGAACCAAAUGUAGUGAGUAUCGAUUGUCUUAUUAACGACAGGGCCACGUGGAAUUUUUCCUUGAUUAAGGAAUGGACGUCUGAAAAUAGUUUUGGUCCAGUGCAUGUGUUCAUCACGUGUCAGCCAGGAGGGCGCGUGCAUUUACGACGUCCGGUCAAAGCCAAUAAUCUGGAGAAACUUCAUAUCAAGUCUUGCGACAUAAUUGGUAUCGAUGAUACAGAUUUUUCUGAACAAACCUAUCGACAGAACUACACUAUACGGCACCUGCGGAUAGAGGAUUCAAACUUCGUUAUACUAUUUUCUGAACUGUGGACGUUUUACAUGACCAACUAUCAGCAAAAUAAAGACCAAUAUCCUUGUGGUUAUCCGCCCAGUCUGGAGCGACUUACCUUCAGAAACACCAAUCAUACUUUCGUGCUGGAUGAGGUCAUAUCGAAAAGUGAGCUUAAUGAACUAACCGUGAAAAUCAAACAGUAUAACAGGAACAAACUCCAGUGUACUUACCCGGACCUGAACUACUUGGAGUUCACUGAGAUUUAUGAAAGCAGUGAAACGAAACUCUACGAACAGUUCCUCCACAAGUGUAUCUAUCCUAGUCUGAAAGUCAUGAACAUUUCUCACCUCUUACUGAGCCGUGCUCCUGACCAACUUUCCAAGUUCCGAUGGGAUAUUGAUUUCCCCAAGUUGGAGCUGAUCGACUUGUCUCAUAACCAAAUCACGGCUAUCGACUUCACUAACCCUCCUCCGAAAGGAAAACGUUUGACAGUUGACCUAUCUCAUAACCAAAUAUCCAUCCUGCGUCAGCCCAGUCUACAGAAUCUACGGAACUUUUAUCCCGGUGUUGUCAACCUUAGAGGGAACCAGUGGGUGUGUAACUGUUCUCAACAAGACUUUGUCAAGUUUCUGCAGGAGGAGGAUGGUCCAGUCAUCGACGAAUACGCCUACCUAGGCGAGGCAAAGUGCAGCAGACCGGUGUCAAGGCAUGGACAAUAUAUAAAAAUUGUCAAAGACUUGUGCGGGCAAAGAUCGGACACGCACCUAUCUCAUAUUGUACUUUAUAUUUGCUUGCCACUUUUGGUCCUGUGCUUCGUUGUUAUCAUUGUUCUUGUCAGAUUUAGGCGAGAAAUUCGAGUCCUUGUGUUUACGAGAUUCACGUUGGCGAAUAUGUGUCUGUUUGUUCCUGUACCGUCGUCGUCCAAGAGUGUGGAGAAGGACUUCGACGCCUUCGUGUCCUAUAGCUCACUGGACGAGACGUGGGUUUACAACAUGUGCCGUCAACUUGAGGAAUCCGUCCACAAGUUCCGAUUGUGUCUCCACCAUAAACAUUUUAUUCCCGGCGCCUGCAUCUCUGACAACAUAAUAAACAGCGUGGAGCGAAGCAGACACACGAUUAUGGUACUAUCUCCCAACUUCUUAAAGAGUGAAUGGUGUAUUCUGGAAUUUCGAAAAGCCUUCCAUCAAAGUUUGAUGGAGAAUGAGCGCCAUUUGGUAGUGGUAAUGUUAGAGGGGCUUGACGAAUCAUGUGUACAUGCCGACUUGAAACAUUUUCUUAAGACAUACACAUACCUUAAGGUGUCGGAUUUUUUCUUCUGGGACAAACUUGUGUACGCGCUGUCAAAGCACUGGAAAGAUCAUCCCAAAAAGCGCCAAUUAGACCCUGGUGGAGAUAAAAGCGCGUCUGAAGCGCUUGUGAGUGUCGUUAAGUCAGUGUAAACCUCAAAUUAGAAUCAAUCGUUUAUAUACUAUACAUAUCAUCUCCAGUUCUCUUCUUGCCUUUUGUGUUGGUUUGGAGCCACGUUCAUGCUAUCUCCUAUCCAUUUACUGUACUUGUCGUCUUCAGUUCACUUCCGGCUUUUCCACUCUUUGUUCCGCGUGCUAUCUCCUCAAUUUUAUGUUCAUAGUCCAUAUACUGUACGUAUUAUCUAUCAUCGCCAGUUCACUUCUGUUCGUUGGUAUUUUCAAGGUCAGAUGCAGUAUCCUAGCCAAAUACUGUUUAUAUAUUGUCUCCAUUUCAUUACGUCCGUUAGUAUUGUCGAGGUCAGAUGCAGUAUCCUAUCAAAUACUGUUUAUAUAUUGUCUCCAUUUCAUUACGUCCGUUAGUAUUGUCGAGGUCAGAUGCAGUAUCCUAUCAAAGACUGUUUAUAUAUUGUCUCCAUUUCAUUACGUCCGUUAGUAUUGUCGAGGUCAGAUGCAGUAUCCUAUCAAAUACUGUGCAUAUUAUCUCCAGUUUACUUCUGUUCGUUAGUAUUGUCGAGGUCAGAUGCAGUAUCCUAUUUAUAUAGUGUAUACAUUGUCUACAAGUACUAUCAUGUAGAUUUCUGUAACAUUUAAUGAAUCCAAUCCUAGUAAUUUAAAUGAAGUAUACCGAAGCAUGUAUAUUGUGUAUAAAAGUGCCAUACAUGUCUCAAAAACUUAUUGUGAUGUUAGGGAUUCAUGUCGAGGUCCUGUGUCCAGUAAGUCGCAGUGAUGUACAUGUAUUUUGAAGAAAAAGAAAUAAGCUUUUAAUGAAUAAUAUGAUUUUAUGUUAUUUUUUAAAGUUGUCUCAGUAUCGGCAUAUUGUGCGAUUUACGCAGUAUCAAAAAUAAAAGUUUUGUGAAUCAA